GAAAACAGACUCGCCAGAGUUACACGCCUGAAGCAGGCGGAACGACAUGUUUUGUGAUUAAUUGAAGAUCGUUUGGAUACUUCUACUUCGUUGUCUUUGGUCUGUGUAGAUUCGUUUUCUGUUGGUCUGGACAUUUAUGUAGUAUAUGAACUGGAUUUUAUAAAAUGUCUGCUAGGAAUCUGGUAUGCGCUUUUGACAGCCAUGCGUCACUAUGGCUUAUCCUCGUUUCAUUUGGAUGUAUAGUCCAUGGACAAGUGAGAUAUUCUAUUCCUGAGGAGAUGGCGAAAGGCUCGGUCGUGGGUAAUGUCGCAGAGGACUUGGGCAUUGAUCUGAAAAGGCUGAGGAGCGGCCGAGCUCGUAUCAUAGCCGGGGACAAUAGUCCCUACGUGGAGCUGAACACAGACAAAGGAACACUGGCAGUGAGUGAGAGGAUAGACCGAGAGCUCUUGUGUAAACAAACUUCUCCAUGUAGUUUCAGCUUCGAGCUAAUCUUAGAAAACCCUAUUCAGCUUUAUGAAGUUACCGUAGAAAUCAUGGAUGUCAAUGACCACGCUCCUACAUUUCCCAAAGAUGAAAUAUAUAUCGAGAUUAGCGAGUCAGCCCUCCCGGGAGCGCGUUUCUUACUAGAUAGCGCAUUUGAUCCAGAUGUUGGAGAAAAUACAAUACAGAGCUACACUCUGAAACCCACUGAUCAUUUCAUUCUGAAACAGGAAACUCGUGCAGACGGAAACAAAUACAUAGACAUGGUGUUGCUGUCGCCUGUAGACAGGGAGAGCCAUGAGGAAUUGUCCCUCGUUUUAACCGCAAUUGAUGGUUGCCAUCCACCGAAAUCAGGCAUGAUGAAAAUAAAUAUCCACGUUUUAGACGUAAACGAUAACACUCCCGUAUUUUCCAAAAAGCUGUAUAGGGCGUCAGUUCCAGAAAAUGCGCCUAAGGGAAGCCCUGUGGCUAAAGUAAGCGCAACUGAUGCAGAUAAAGGCAUAAACGGAGAGGUGACGUUUGCUUUCAGGUACAGCGCAGAUAGUAACAACGGGCUUUUCCGAAUCGAUGCACAGUCAGGUGAGAUUUUCGUUUUUGGACAUCUAGAUUUUGAAAAAGCUAAAAAGUACGAGUUAAACAUCGAAGCCAAAGAUCAUGGCGGCUUCACUGAUUCUUGUGCCGUGGUUAUUGACAUAAUUGAUGUGAAUGAUAACAUACCUGUCAUAUCUUUAACAUCAUUCACGAAUCCUGUUUCUGAAAACUCUCCACCUGGCACAACAAUCGCAGUGAUUAAUGUUAAAGACAUAGAUUCGGGAGAAAAUGGACAGGUGCGUUGUAGCAUAUCAAAAGAUUCCCCCUUUGUUAUUAGGUCAUCAUUACGGAAUUACUAUACGUUAUUGACAGAUGAAGAAUUAAACAGGGAAAUAGUAUCAGAAUAUAACGUUACUAUAACUGCCACAGAUGAAGGCUCGUCCCCUCUCUCUAGUAACAAGACUAUUACCUUACGAGUGUCUGACGUCAACGAUAACACACCAAUAUUUGAGAAGGAAUCUUAUAUUACAAAUAUAGUGGAAAAUAAUUCACCAGGUGUAUCAUUAUUUACCGUAAGAGCAUCAGACGCUGAUUGUUGCCAGAACGCACGCGUCUCCUACAUCAUUGAGGACUCUGUGGUUAACGGGGCACCAGCUUCCUCCUUAGUUUCAAUUAAUGCUGAAACUGGUGUUAUAUAUGCGGUGAGAUCAUUCGAUUACGAACAACUUAAAGCAUUCAAAAUCAACAUUAGAGCGCAUGAUGGUGGUUCUCCUACUCUCAGUGGCAACGCAAGUGUGCAUGUACUUGUCCUGGACCAGAAUGACAACCCUCCUCAGGUUCUCUACCCAGUACAGACUAGUGGCGCUACGGUGGCUGAAAUGGUACCUCGUUCAGCAGAUGUGGGCUAUCUUGUCACUAAAGUGGUGGCUGUUGAUGUGGACUCUGGACAGAACGCCUGGCUUUCAUAUAAACUGCAGAAAACGACAGACAGGUUGUUGUUUGAAGUGGGCCGACAGAAUGGAGAAAUAAGAACUGUACGUCAGGUUACUGAAAAAGAUACUCUGAAACAAAAGCUCACAAUUGUAGUUGAGGACAACGGACAGCCCUCUCGAUCAGCUACAGUCAACGUGAAUGUAGCGAUGGCUAAUAGCUUCCCCGAAGUACUCUCAGAAUACCCUGACUUUACGCACGACAAGGAUUCUAAUGAUAACCUGACGUUUUAUGUAAUUUUGGCACUUGCUGUGGUUUCACUGCUUUUCAUUUGUUCGAUUAUUGCUAUAAUGUCCGUGAAAAUCUACCGGUGGAAACAGAAAAAACUAUUCUAUAAAACUGCAGCAAAUCUUCCCGUUAUCCCAUAUUACCCGCCCGUUUACCAAGAUGGAAACCUGGGAACCCUACAGCAUGUAUACAACUAUGAGGUGUGUGGAACCACUGACUCUAGGAUGAGUGAUGUGAGGUUUGCGAGGCCUUAUAGCCAGAACACACUGGUGGAUGUGAGUCGAAUGGGGACAAUGAAGCGAGAAGAGAGAAAGCAGGAAGACGCUGAUGUCGAUGGAAAGCAAAAUCCAGCCAACAAUGACUGGCGCUUAAACCAGCAGGGACAGAGACCUGGACCCAGUGGCACAUACAGGUACAGCACCAGCACCCAGGAGAUAUGGACACCGUACAGGAAGGCGAGAGCUGGCCCCCAUCCUGAGGGGGCAGGUGGUGUCGUAGCUGGAACAGGACCCUGGCCCAACCCCCCCACCGAGGAUGAGCAGAUCCAGGCUCUGAUGGCUGCUGCCAAUGAGGUGAGCGAGGUGACGGCGACCGUUCGACCCCGCUACAACGCCCAGUUCCCCAUGCAGCAUGUGCCUGACUACCGCCAGAACGUCUACAUCCCUGGCAGCACGGCCACCCUGACAGCCAACCCCCAGCAGAUGAUGUCCCAGCCGGCCCUUCAGGGCCCGCCACAGGCCAUGCCCCAGGUUGACGUCCCCAACGCUGCCCAGACCCCCGCCAGCAAGAAGAAGUCCACCAAGAAGGACAAGAAGUAAGCCAAGCUAACACCAAACCAAAUCGCCACUGACACCAAGACCCUUUACCCCCAUAUUGCAGAGCAUCCUUCCUCAAUAGAAGCCUUGAUCUUUCUUUUUCUUAUACCAUUCAAUCUGAUAGUUCAAUCUGAUAUUCCCAGCGUUGUGGAUGUAGUGAGCAUAUGUCAAAAUGUUGGUAGUGGGCAAUUGCUGUACUUCUUACUCCUAUGGUAAUCACAGCUCACUUCAGCUAUAGGUUAUUGGUUUGUGGUGUAUGUGGACUGGGAGGGGUAGAAAAGUAGAUACAAGAAGAGGGCAUGAGCUGUAUUUUGGAUUCAGAUGGAUUUCAGGUACCUGGAAUUCAUAUAGUGAUCUAGCUCUGCAUUAUAGCAUUCUAAAGAAAAAAACAUCUGGUUGUUUGUUUUCAUUGAAACCUUUGAUGUUUCUCUAAAAUGCCAAGUAGUUGCUUCUUAUUAUGACAUGAAUUACACUACCUUCUUGUUUAUUUAGAGGGCUUUCUUUAGCUCUUUAAGGAAUGAAGUAGACAAGACAUGUUGCCUGAUUCAUCCUAAAGAUGAAGAACCACUGAAGAUAAGCCUAGACUAACAUACAUUUGAAGAAAGAGGCUAGCUCAACUUCGUCACAAAAUUCCAAUUUCAUGUGAGAAUGCAUACCGUGGCAUUAACAUUUUAAAAUGUAAGGUUCAUUGUAGUUAUGUGACUAGUAAGCAUAAGAACAGAUUCUGAUUUUGUGUUACUUAUAAUGGUUACCAUCAAAGUAUAUCCAGCUGCUUUUUAAAAUCUUGUCCAAGCAGGAUUCUGUGGUAACUUAGAUAAUUUAUCCAUGAUUGUAACCUUGUUCCAUCAUUAUUGGUAGAAUCCUGUACUGCAUUAAAACUGAACUUUGUUUAAAUAAUGUAACAGUGUAAAGGUGAUGGAUCAGUGUUUUAUAAGCUUAGAACCAGCAUUAUUUCGAUAUUGUAUCAGCGUUGUUGUAACGUUGUAUUAGCGUUAUGCCGAGCUGGCCCAGUGUUAUUGGCUCUGCACUGUGGCCCUCUCUAAGGCUCAUAGACAGAGUCCUGUGACCACUACCCCAGGGUUGUGGGUUACGGUUAGGGUUAGACAGAGUCCUGUGACCCCAGGUUUGGGUGUGUGGUAAAGGCAUAAGGAGGGGAAACAGUGGACAGUCUCUGUCCUCUUGCCACGUGUACAGUAUCUCUCCGGCUAUGACAGCCUGUAAAUGUGCUCCAAUCACUUCUUCAGCCCAGACCACAGGUUCAGUACACUACAACUCCAGGCACUGUAGGACGUUCUGUAAUGGACAGUUUACAGGCAAUAUCAGGACCAUGGACAGAGACCACCUCCCUCUCCUCUCUUCAAAGCAGUCUGGGGCACAGAGAAUGUUUUCAGCCCAUCCUUAACCCUGCCAAAUCCUCAGCUGCACUGACACUCUGCCCCCAUGUAAAUAAGACACAGCCAAUCUGAGAGAGAGACAUCACUCUCUCACCACAGCCACACAGCUGACUAGUACUGGAAUGUUUUGAAUAUUUUUCAGGAAAAAAUCGGAGAAAAAAGAGAAAAAAAACAAGUUGUUCAUAUUAAAUGUAGUGGUGUAGUGACUAAGAUUUGAGCAAACUGACUCGACCAAGAUGUAAAUAAAACUAAAACUUUCAAAAGACAGUCGUAACUAGAGGCUUGUGAAAUUUUUCGUGCAUAUUUUUGUGUUUUCUCUCAAUCACUUUCUUUCUUUGGUCACACCAAACUUUAAAUCUUAACACACAACACCCACAUGUCUUUUAAAGUGUGAUUCCAUUUCCCUGCACCUCUUCCUGUGUUUGUGAUUUUGAUCAAUUGUUUAUGCUACUGGAAUGCCACCCUUGCUCAUAUGAAUAUAACUAUGUGUCUUCUAAUCCUCUUUAUUCUAUUGUUUUAUCUUCUGUAUUAAAAUGCUUAGCGCUUCUCCCUGUUACACUUAUUUUAUAUGCUAAAAUGUAUAUCGCUGUUUAUUUCUUUAUGGUUUUUGUUUAUUCUCUGCUCACUGACAUUUCCAAAUAAAAAUCUCUUUUGAAAUGA